GCUUCUUUCUGUAUUUUGGUGGUAUGGAAAUGCUUUCAUCUUCAGACCUCCAUUGAUUCAACAACACAACGAACUCAAAUUCCACCAAAAUCAGGAUUUGAACAUUACUGGAAUGGCAGCCUUCUGUCCAAUUGGAGCCUUUUGCAGCGGUAGUAAUUCGCCCAAUUCGAUUUUCACAAACCCUAAACCAUGUCGUCGAUCAAUUCCUUACAAAACUCCAUUGUUGGCCAACUCAACUUCUGCUUCAUCCACUUCGUAUGAUAAUGUUCAGAAAACGAGCCAUGAAUCGAUGAGUGUCGAUGCCCUAAAGCGAUUCAUCAGACUCAAUUUGGGGAACUGGACUGGUUCUUUUCACCAAUUUGAUUCAAAGGGGAAGUUGAUGCAUAAGGUGGAUACCAGGUUAUCUGCGGGAUCUUAUGGUGAAGAUGAAUUGAUCAGUUUGAUUCAAACGUUGUACAUCAAACAAUGUUCAUCGAGCUAUUCAGCUUCUGAAACUGAUUAUGAAGCGGAAUGGGCAGAGUACAAAAUCAAAGAAACCAAUAUGUUUACUGCAGAAAAAUAUCAACAGAUCGGAUUCUUUCCGCAAGAGAAAGCAUUUGCACUAAGGUAUCAGACAGCCGGCAUGUUAGAAACGGUAUUAAGACAAGGAGUGUUAGGUGAAGACGAUAUCGGAGAAGAAUCUCCCAAAAACCUAAAGCUUCCUUCUAAAUGGCCUUCAAUCGUAUGUGAGAGUUGUCUUUAUUCAUUAGACAAAGAUUUGCGAGCACGAGCAUUCCAUAUAAUGGAUCCAAAAGGUAUUGUUGAAAUGCUUCUCGUCUUUCUUGAACAAAAAGGCGUUGGAGUCGUUACACCUCCUUUCCUUGAUGAAUCUAAGGAGAAUACAAGCCGGAUCACUCCUCAUCUUGGUAUGUGGAAAGGUCACUCCAUAACGAAACGUAGCGGUGUUUAUGGUGCAACAGAUUCUGAAGCCGAGACGAUGACAUCAAUUCAAAUCGACGAGGAGGGUCAGCUAAUCCAGAAUCAAACUUCGACAUCCAAGGCUAAAAAUGUAUCCACAAACGUCCGUUGGACGGGUACCAUUACCGAAAACUUAGUCAGCUACGACGGUGGUUUCCAAAUAACGUUACUGCCCGGGGGAAUGUACAUGGGGUGCCCUUGCAAUGUCGGGAAGCACGUGAGUGAAGCCAAGGCUUUCCAUUUGGAGUUCUGUUGGCUCGACUCACCGACUAAAAGGCAGAGACUGGUUCGCACCUACGAUAUCGAUGGCUUGGCGGUUUCUUCAACCUACUUUCUCGAGACCAAACUGUGAGUCGUUGCUAUACCUUUCCGCAUAGAUGCUCGAAACCGUUCGAUUGCUGAAAACUACAUCAGUUCGUCGCCUUUUAGUUACGGUUCGUUGUUGAUUUCGGAUUUUGUAGUAUUCAUACAACUAAACAUAUGUGGCAUCAAUGAGGAAGUAAAAUAGAG